AUGGACAACCUGUUUAUAUUUGACUUACCUACACAUUUACCUAAUGAGACACCAAAAGAACCAGAGCUUGCUUCUGAGUCCCAAAAUAGAGUACCAGUGAAUAUUGAAACUGGCAAACAGAACCAAAUAGACCAUCGUGAUGAGGAUGAGGAAGACAAUAAUGAUCAUGAGGAAACACUCCCCAAAACAAACGGAACAAUAUACAUUCAAGGCACAAAUAUCAGUUUACAAACUGAAGAAGACAUAGAGAAAUGGAUUGAAGAAAGAAAACGAAAUUGGCCCACAAAUAAGAAUAUUGAACUCAAAAGGCAACAAAAACAAAAACAGGAAGAAGAACAACAACAACAACAAAAGGAUAUUAAAAAUGCCAAAUCCGACAACAAGAAAAGAAUGAAUGAAGAUGAAUCAUCCAAUGGGCCCACUAAGAAACAGAAAAGUAUAUGUCGAUUCUACCAACUUAAUAAGAAAUGUAAAUUCGGUAACAAAUGUAAAAAUUUACAUGAAGAACCAACAAAUGAAAACCCGGUGACACUAUCUUACAAUGAAUUGACUCACUAUCGGAAAUCUGUUAAUGGAAUCCCAAUUUUAGUUCCCAAAUUAUAUUCAAAUAGAACUGAAAAUACCCUGGUGAAAAAACUGUCGUUAUUCAAACAUCUUGUGACUAGAGACCAUAUGACAAAUGAAAAUGAAAAAGUGAUAGAGUUUAUCAGAUAUCUAAAUGAUCAAGGUUUAAUAGAUCAUGAUGUUAUGAAAUAG